UCAUUCCAAACCUCAUCAUCCUCCCUCCCUCUCUCUCUCUCUCUCUAUCUCUCUCAGAGCUGUUGGAAAUGCUUACAAGGACCAGGAGCUGUUUCAAGCUAGGUGAGGAGAGUGAUGAAGAGUACAAAGGAAGAUGUAGCACUACUAGAGACAUGGAAGACUCGGAGGUGAAGGGAUGGAACCCCGGCCCACCAUCAUCGAACCCGGUGGGGCUAAGAAUUCUCAUCCAACGGUCUGGAAGAGAGCUGAACGUGCUCAACAAGCCCAUGUUGAUACAGACCCUGUACAUGGAUGGAACCCGUUUCUUUCCAACCACCCCAGUUUCCAGUUUCCUAAAGCUAUGCCAUUUGUGUAAGAGGAAGCUGAGUCCAGACAAAGACGUCUACAUGUACAGGGGUGACCAAGGAUUUUGUAGCGUCGAAUGUCGCUGCCGGCAAAUUUUCUUAGAUGAGAUGGAAGAGAGAGAGAAUUUCAUGAAAUCAAAGGCCGCGAUGCUCCCUCCACGUUGCCGCCGGAGAGGCGAUCGAAUUCAACCGUCGGAUCGCCGCAAGGGAAUCCCAGCCAUGGCAUAAGCCAAUAUUAACCGUACAUCCCUAGAUUGGCCAACCAACGAUUCGAUUUGGAUAUUAGAUUUCGAAUCAGACUUUGAGACCACAUGAACCAUAUUGUCGGCGCAGGAAAAUUCGACUACGGUUUAUACUCUUUUUUAAAUCCGAUUUUCAUGGCAUGAAAGAUGGAUGAGUAAAUAUAAGUGAUGAAGAAUUAUAUGUAACAUGAAAUAUAGGAAAUAGAUAAUUUUAUUGUUUUAAAAUGUAAGAGAUGUUUUCUUUUUUGUGUUGUAUCAUGGAUUAGUUAGCAUUAAAUGGGAAAAUAUAUAGUUUCUAUCAA